UCUGCCCUGGUUUCGGCUCUUCAGCUGCAUCAGCCCUUUAUCCGACGAAAGGCACAAUGUCACAUCAAACGGGCAUUCAAGCGGGGAAUGAUGUGAAAGAUAUCUUUGCCAAUGCCAGGAGUGGAGACCAGUAUCGAGUCUUAAAGAUUGUCAUUGAGGAUGAACAGCUGAGUUUGGGUGCCACCAGGAAAGCAUCAAAGCAGUGGGACAAGGAGUACGAUUCCUUAGUGCUGCCCCUCCUCGAGGAUGACGUGCCCAGCUAUAUUCUGUACCGGCUGGACUCCACUAACAACCAGGGCUACGAGUGGAUCUUUCUGGCCUGGUCUCCAGACCACUCUACUGUGCGACACAAAAUGUUAUAUGCUGCUACCAGAGCCACACUGAAGAAAGAGUUUGGAGGCGGGCACAUCAAGGAUGAGAUUUUCGCUACCACAAAGGAUGACUUAAAUCUCAGCGGAUACAGGAAAUAUCUGACCUCGCAGGCUGCUCCACUGCCCCUUACUGCUGCAGAGGAGGAACUGAGACAGAUAAAACUAAAUGAGGUGCAGACGGACAUCAGCGUGGACACCAAGCAGCAGACCUUGCAGGGAGUAGCCUUCCCCGUUCAUAAAGAUGCUGUUGCAGCACUUGAACGUUUUAGGGACAAGAAAAUAAACUACGUCCAACUGGAAGUAGACGCUCAACAAGAGCUGAUUCGGUUGUGCAACACUGAGCCAACAGAGUUGAAAGACCUGCCAAUGAGAAUCCCGAAAGAGUCUGCACGCUACCACUUCUUCCUCUACAAACAUUCCCAUGAAGGCGACUACUUAGAGUCCACAGUCUUCAUUUAUUCUAUGCCCGGGUACAAGUGUAGCAUCCGAGAGAGGAUGUUAUAUUCCAGCUGCAAAAAUCCCCUGGUUGACAUGGUGGAAAAUAAACUCCAGAUUGAGAUUGAGAAAAAGUUGGAGAUUGACAAUGGGGACGAACUGACCAGUGACUUCAUGUAUGAAGAGGUGCAUCCCAAGCAGCAUGCACACAAGCAAGCCUUUGCCAAGCCCAAAGGCCCUGCUGGGAAAAGGGGAGGUCGCCGCAUCACCCGACCACCCAUAGAGGGAGAGGAGGAUAAUUAAACAGACCUCAGCGCCCGACCACCACCUCCACCCCACGUUCCACAGUGGAACAUUCCAGUAAUGGGGGGAAAUCAUAUUUGACACACGCUUGUUUUAAAAGAAUAAGACAAUAACCUCAAAUUCCCACAAAGUUCACCCAGAGACCCAACUAUGCACGCCAAGGACGACUGAGCAAUGACACACAUCAGAAUUUCCAUUUGUAGCUUGCCAAAUGGAAGCCUAUUUAUGUGUUAGUACAUUCACGAAAAUUUACAAUGAUUCUAAGAUGCCCAAAGCCAAACUUGAGGUUUUCAGUUUUUUCGCCAGCUCCAAGACUUAGAAAAAUGUUAGUGCAACUAAUGUGAACUUGCGCCAAUAUGAUAAACUCCCCCAUUUUGAGUUCACAUGCUUGAAUUCUUACCUUGCAUUCCUUAAGUCUGUGUCAAUUAAUGUUUCCAUGUCAAGUGUGUUAUUUUGUCUCCUACCGUUUGCACAACUAAGGUGCUCCAAAGCAGAAAAGAUAUAAUGAUCCCACUUGUGUCUAUUGAUUCAUUUUAACAGUGCAUUUUAUAUUGGAAAAAUUACUUCUUUUUUGAUAUAACUGUGGUUUACAUGAAAAAUCAUCUGCUGAGAAAACUUAUUUUUCUAUGCAAGUGCUGUAAAUGUACAUAUUGUAGCUGUGUGAUGCUCUAUGAUUAAGAAACAGUCUGGUCUGUUCUGGUGAUAGUCAGUGUCGGUGAGGAUCACAGUGGAAAGAAUGGGCUUCCAGAAAUAUUACAUCAAUACAUCUCAGAUUUCAUGAAGAGGAAGCUACAUUUUUAAACUUUGCUGGCUCCCAUACCAGAGGGAGUGCAAAGCAAUCUGAUAGGAAAGGGAAUAUUUCAACUUGAUCAACAUGUUGCCACAUCCACUGGUCUACUGAUUAAUAUUAGGCAAACUACUAAGCUCACCUUAUGUUUGAAGGGAAAAUCCCUUUAUAGUCAUACAGUGUCAUCAUAAUAGAAAAAAAAUCAUGUUCGGUCUUAUUUGUUUUCUUACAAAUCUUUCUUUUAAAGAGGAAAAAUAAAAUAUUUAAAUCACA